AUACUACGAUUUGCAUUGGAAUAAUAAUAAUAAAAAAGAGUCCAACCGUUUGUACAGCGGGUUAACGGGAUGCCAUAUGAAAUGUUACGGAAAAAAGUAGGCUACAUGUGUUUCGUAAGUUGUACUAAGCACCUCCAUGGUUUUUCGUGUCUGCAGGGCACGGGUUUAGUCCAGUUGGCGCAUUGUCACACACAGAUGUGACUCUUUACCCUGACAUAUUGCCGUGACGGGCUCAAAGAUCCAGUCACUCAGGUUACAUCCACACAGCGUAUAACAGCCCGGAGAUUCCUGUCAGAUUAUGCUGUACAGCUCGAGUCCAACUUCCAGAAGCCACCUUCCUAAUUCUUUAACCAAGCCUUCGUCCGCAACGUGCCACCGCGCAUAUAGCUGACUUAGCAGAAGAAAUAUCGGGGAGAGCCCGGGUAGGGAAGACUGUCUUCUCACAAGCAGAGUCUUAUUCGCAUUUUCCCGGAGACGAGAGCUUAGGUUGUUCUAGAUUUCAGCGAUUUCCUUAAAGGCAUCUCCUGGUUCACGAUUUGGAAAGGGGACAGUGUGGUGCCUUUACAUUCAUAUCCCGAGACGGACGGUGUGUUCCAAAGCAACGUCUGUUCUGACAAGGGACGUGUUCAUUUCGGAGGAUAAAAGCCUGAAACGAAGACGCGUCUCCGUUUUCAAUCAAAUGUCAUAGAACUGUCAUUACGCUUACCGAGUCGACACUUUUUUGGGGGGGGGGACGCCGCCGACGAGUUUUCAAUUACUUCAGACAGUUUGAUAUAGCAGGGAAGAGGUCCCCCACUUGAGGGCGAAAUCAGACUUUCGUGAACUGCAAGUUCGAGAGCGCCAGGAACCGGGUCUUCCAUAUACAACAUGCCGAAAUGUCCGAGGAGGCACAGUUGGAUGUGAGAGGCAGUGACGCUCAGAGCAGCAGCCAAGCGCCCAGAGACCCAGAAAGCGAGAGGGCACCAGAGUCCACCUCGAGAGGUACCGCCAAGACCCCGACCGGCGACGACGGCGCCGGCGACAACGACGACAGCGGCUCCAGCCUCGCCACCAUCCCCAGCAGUAGCGGUACCGGUGGCUCCGGUGCUACCAUAGGUGUUAGCGUCGUUAGCCGCAGCGCUAAGGUAGCCGAGGGGAGCUCCAUGCAGUUCAGCACCAGACCUCCUAGUGCUGAGCCUGGCUUCAUGGGGACAUGGCAAAAGCAGAGCACUGAGCAGACCAACCUCCUCUUCAGAAUGACCCAGCAGGCGGGUGCUGUUACGCGGCUUCCUUUGAAGUGCGACAGGUCGACAAUGGGCCGAGACCUUGCGGACGAGGCCAUUCGCUGCACUCUGGUGAACUGCACAUGCGAGUGUUUCCAGCCCGGGAAGAUUCACCUGCGGACAUGUGACCAGUGCAAGCACGGCUGGGUGGCUCAUGCGCUGGACAAGCUGAGCACCCAGCACCUGUACCACCCGACCCAGGUGGAGAUAGUCCAGUCCAACGUGGUGUUCGACAUCAGCAGCCUGAUGCUGUACGGUACCCAGGCGGUGCCGGUCCGGCUGAAGAUACUGCUGGAUCGUCUGUUCAGUGUGCUGAAGCAGGAGGAGGUUCUCCACAUUCUACAUGGCCUGGGCUGGACCCUGCGUGACUACGUCAGAGGCUAUAUACUACAGGACGCUGCGGGUAAGGUGCUCGACCGCUGGUCCAUCAUGUCCCGAGAGGAGGAGAUCAUCACCCUGCAGCAGUUCCUCCGUUUUGGCGAGACCAAGUCCAUAGUGGAGCUGAUGGCCAUCCAGGAGAAGGAGGGCCAGGCGGUCACCGUGCCGUCCUCCAAGACCGACUCGGGCAUCCGGACGUUCAUCGAGAGCAACAGCGCGGGACGCGGCCGCAGUCCGGGCCUCCUCAGUCACAUGGAGACCGGCAGCCCCUCCAGCAUCCACCACUUUGAGAACAUCCCCAACAGCCUGGCGUUCCUGCUGCCCUUCCAGUAUAUCAACCCUGUGUCGGCGCCCAUGCUGGGCCUGCCCCCCAACGGCCUGGCCCUGGAGCAGUCGAGCAUCCGCGGCCUCCGCGAGAGAGACCGGGAGACGAGCCUGCCCAACAUGAGCGAGCCGGUGGACAGCAGCGAGUCCGAGGUGUCCCUCAGCCCCUUUCGCAGCAGCGGCCAGAGCCCCAACCGCAUCGGGGUCCUCGGGGGCAUGAACAACGUCAUCGAGCCCAAACAGGAGCCCAAUAACCGGGCAUCGCCCGUUUCGCCCACCCCCUCCAGCCAGCAGUCCCAGCAGCAGACGGAUCAGCAAGGCCAGCAGCAGGGCCCGGGUCAGGGACAGCCUGGGACCCCGCGGCCAGGGUCCGCCUCCCUCAACGACCACCAGGCCCACCACCACUUUGUGAAGAGCGAGCAGUCCAAGAGCAUCACGCACUCCUCCUUCUCCUCCAAGAUGCACCGCAUGCGCCGCAUGGGGGCCACCUCGCGCAAGGGCCGCGUGUGCUGCAACUCGUGUGGCAAGACCUUCUACGACAAGGGCACACUGAAAAUCCACUACAACGCCGUGCACCUGAAGAUCAAGCACCGCUGCACCAUCGAGGGCUGCAACAUGGUGUUCAGCUCGCUGCGCAGCCGCAACCGCCACAGCGCCAACCCCAACCCGCGCCUCCACAUGCCCAUGCUGAGGAACAACCGCGACAAGGACCUGAUUCGCUCCAACUCGGGCCCCGGCACGCCUGUCAUCUCCAGCUCAAAGAGCGGCUUCACCCUAACCAGCCCUGGACGGCCGCCCCUGGGCUUUGCCACUCCUCCCCUGGACACCAUGCUCCAGUCACCCCUCCAGAGCCCUCUGGUCUUCCCCUCCCUGAAGUCGGUGCAGCCCGUCCAGCCGAUGCCACCCUUCUACCGCACACUGCUGUCCCCCCAGGACCUGGUGAGUCCUCCGGUUUCGCUGCCGACCAGCCCCAUCUUGCCCACCGCCACCAACAGCACCGCCUUGAUGGACCAACAGCAUCAGCUCCUGGCUGCCGCAUCCUCCCACAACGCCCGCAACCUGUCCCCCGAAGUUGGGCCGAUGUCCCACCACAGGCUGCCCACCCCUGGGAUCCCCCAGCAGGACGCCAACGCUGCCACCAACACGGACCCCACCCCCAAGAAGAAGCCCCGCAAGUCCAGCAUGCCGGUGAAAAUCGAGAAGGAGGUGAUCGACGUGGCGGACGAUUACGACGAGGAUCGGGACGACGAGGACGACGACAGCUGCCGCCACCGCCACCACCACCACCCUUUGUCCCACCUCCACCACAACAAUGUCAACGGCAACUGCAACAACAACAACAACAACAACAACGGCCAGCACAGCGGAGGCAGCGGUCACCAGUCCCCCUCCCAGGACGAGAUGAGCCCCGGCCUGAUGAGGGCUCACCUGAUGAGGCUGGACCAGGAUGACUGCCGGGGAGGUGGGCCCGGAGCAGAGGGUGGCAGGGGCGAGAGAGGAGGCCCGGGUGCUGACCUGCGCUGCAUGGGCAGCUUCACCUCCGAGGACCAGGACCAUGAGAGAGACUUUGAGAACGAGUCGGAGACGUCGGACUACAAGAUGUUGGAGAUGAUGGAGGUGGAGGAGCAGAGGCUGAACCCCUCCAGGAGCUCCAGGAUUCAAGGAGACGUCAGCCUGGACAAGGACCAAGAGGACCAGGAGGCCCGGGACGAAGAGGCCCAGCUGAGGAAGGAGAUGGAAGACUCCAAGAGUCGCUCCUCACCCUCCCCUCACCAGCCUGCGCUCAAGAUCAAGGAGGAACUCAACGACCCCACCUACGACAUGUUCUGCAUGAGCCAGUACGGCCUCUACAAUGGGGGCAUGGCCGCGGCCGCCGCCGCCGCCGCCAGCAUGGCCGCGCUGCACGAGAGCUUCAUCUCAUCCAUGAGCUACGGCGCCAGCCCGCCCAAGUUCCCCUCCUCGCACUCACCCGAGGGCGACCUGUGCACCAGCCCCAACUCCGACCCCAAGAUCUGCUAUGUGUGCAAGAAGAGCUUCAAGAGCUCCUACAGCGUCAAGCUGCACUACAAGAACGUGCACCUCAAGGAGAUGCAUGUAUGCACCGUGUCCGGCUGCAACGCCGCAUUCCCCUCCCGGCGGAGCAGAGACCGGCACAGCUCUAACAUCAAUCUGCAUCGCAAACUGCUGACCAAAGAGCUGGACGACAUCGUUCUGGACCCCCAACUCACGCCACUGCCCAAGGACCUGCGCGCCGAGUUCCUGGCUAAGAUCUACGCCGGACACCACCUGGGCCUGGACGUCAUGGCAGGGGCGGGCAUCGGCGGUGCCGGCCUGGGGGGAGGAGGACUGACCCGCGACGCCAGCUCCCCGGCGGGCACCGACUACCCCCUCCACCACCCCCUCAACCGCCACCACCCCCUCCACCACCCUCACACAAAUGGCUUUUACCACCGCGGCGGAGCCCCGGACGACUACGUAGUCCUGGACCUGAGCACCACCUCUAGCGUUCAGUCCAGCGGGUCGGUUCACUCGUCACGCGAGUCGGACGAGGGCAGCGACGAGGGCAUCCUAUUGGACGACCUGGAGGAGGAGGAGGGCGCGGAGGGGGGGGAGGGAGGGGCCAGCGACGGGGAGGACUGCUCCCAGCAGGCGGGGGCCGGGUUACGCCGGGACAGGGUCGGCGAGGGAGGAAUCGGAAGGUCGGGAGACGGUCUGACCGGCGCCGACCCCUCCUCGCCGACCCUCCUGUCCUCCGCCGGGGGCGGCAGUAACGAGAUGGGCGGCGGGAUCCUGUGCAGCAUCUGUCACAAAUUGUACAGCAACAAGGGGACCCUGCGAGUGCAUUAUAAGACUGUGCACCUGCGCGAAAUGCAUAAGUGCAAAGUGGCCGGGUGCAACAUGAUGUUCUCCUCAGUACGGAGCCGCAACCGUCACUCUCAGAACCCCAACCUCCACAAAAACGUACCCUUCACAGCCAUGAUAGACUAGCCAAAUCCCCUACUACCCACACCCAGUCUGGCCCGCUACACCCUCAGAUCCCUACUUAUCCCAAACCAUUAGCGCUUAACCCUGAAACCUCAUCCUACCCCUCAGAUGUCAUUUCAACACAUUUCUAGUUCUAUUCGAUUCAAUCCGGUGACUAUUUACAGUAUGUUUAUGAACUAAAACAAGAGGAGCUUUUCAGAGUUGUGACAUUUGACUUUUCCUUCUCUGGAAGAAAGAGGAUGAGACACUUGAGAGAGUUGGAGUCUCUUUAUUCCAAAAAAACUCUCUGCCAGUUCCCCAUAAAGUCCCCCAGUUCCCAGUUCCCUCUCCCCAAAUGUAUUUGUUUUUGUCCAUUUCCAAAGAAUCUAUUCAAACUCUUAUUUGUGACUGUUGCCUGCAGAAAUGAUAAUAAUGAAAAAAGAUAAAUCUUCUUGUUGUAUUUGUGUAAUGAUAGCUUUUAAAGGAAACCCCAUACAAAAAGCAUGACUGCUUCAUUUGUAAAUAAUGUCCCAAGAGGCUUUUGGUGUAAAACAAUUGUAUUUGAUGGUUGUUUCACUUUUACGUUUUUAUGUUACAGUACAAUACUUCCAGCGCUAAAGGUAGACAAGAAAGUGGUAGCAUCUUUACUAGCUUGACUCAUUUAUGUUAACUUCAGAAACACAUUUUUAAACUGAGAACUAGAAGAAAAAGAAUUAUCAUGUGACUCGUUUCAUCUACUCGUUAGAUAUGCGGAGGUUGCCGGCAUGCUUUUUUUGGUCUUUGUUUUUGUUUAGAGCUUACAGUGUAAUACUAAAUCAGUUUUCUUUGCACUUUGCAACUGUAGGGGAAUGUGUAAUAAGGAAGACUUCGCAAUGGCGGGUUUAUGCGAUGUUUGGAGUCCCUAUUGGCUACCGCGCUAAGGGGAAAUGACGUUAUUAGUACCUUUAGCAUACUUGUGCCAUUAUAAUUAUUUUUGCUUUUUUUUUUUUGCUUUUCUUUUGCACGUGUUCAGUUUCAAAAACCAUAUUUCAAAAUUGAACACCUAUUUUUGUCCAGAAUAAAACCCAAACAGGCAGCCCAUUUAUUCAUAUAUGUAUUGAGAACAUUAUUUUUUGUCUACCAGGCAGUAACGUGACUAAAUGCGAUAUGAGCUGCUGUUUUUCAAGGCAGGAGUUUUAAGUAGAAUGGAAUUCUGUUUCUCUAUCGUUCGAAGAAGUAAACCUAGUGUAUGAGUGUUCUGGCUGUACAGUAAAAUCACAGUGCUUAGCUACUAAGGUUAAAGUAGCCCAAUCUUGUGCAUGUGAUAUUUAUGACCUAAUCUAUAACAAGGUUAAGGUCAUUACAAGCGAUGAUUGAGUGUCUUUUUUCCCCCUCUUUUUCAAGCAAAAAAUGGGCAUCAGAAGUGUUAUGUGAAUGUCACAUAAUUUAUAGAAAAGUCAUUAAACUGUGACCAAAACAAUAUUUUUUUUCAUACAGUUGUACUUAGUUAAUUUACCCCAUAAAUGGAUAUGAUGCACUUGAGUCUUAAGCCUUUUGCUGUGAUUUUUUGGUAUCAGUUUGCAAUGCAGAUUAGGAAAACUGUAACAAAUCUGUUACCAUUGCCUGGUCUUUUUCCUUGUUGCCAUUAAAAUGUUAAGGUACAAAUAUUUCCAGUAAUUAGGCAAAGUAGCUAAUGGGAACGGGGUAUUUAUUUGUGGGUGAUAUUAUCUUGAUGCAGAUGUCUUGUCCAUAUGAAUUCCUUUCUUUUUUUUGUAAAAACUAAAAAGAAGAAGAGAGCGAG